AUGGGUUGUGAUCCUAUCACAAUAAGAAGAAUUAUUGACAGAUACAAGAAAACAGAGAAAACUGAAAAUUUACUUAGAUCAGAACAUCCACUUGCUCUUAAUAAUAAUGAAACAAAUACACUUAUAAAUAAAAUUACACAAGAUCGAUGCGAACCUUUACAUGAAGUUAUUAAUACACUAGGUUUAAAUUGCAACCUUACAACUGCUAAAAGAGUAUUAUAUGAUAUUGGAAUUUAUUUUCAUGUUGCUGCAAAAAAAACCUUUUAUAUCAAAAAAAGUUGUAAGGUCUUUUUAAGAACUGUGGGUGAACUUAAAGUUGCACUAAGCGAAAAAUGGAAAAAUUUGGAUUACUUUAUUUUUGAAGAGAUUGUUGCUUUAAUACCACAAAGAAUAAAUGCAAUACUAGAAGCAAGAGGAGGAUCUACACAUUAUUAA